AUGUACAACCGCGCCUUUGACCUCUGCGAUUACUUAGCCAUUCUGUUCCCAGCAAUUUGCCGCGCCGCCCUGAGACCUGGGUCAGGUGAUAAUGACGCCGAUGUGGACUGGUUUGCUGAGUACCAACGUCUUCCAGGCCAGGCUACGCUCCCCGACCCCCCGCCGUACCUUGGAAUCCUUGCUCUUAUCGACCAGCUAAAACGCUGCAUUUACGAAGCCAAUGCCAUUGCUCUAUUCGCUGCCUUCGGUCUACCUUAUAAUGCAAACAUGACUCAUCUAGCUGCCCUGAUAUGA